AUGCAACAUCGUUCUGCGUCUUUCGUUUUCGAAACAGUGAAACAGGCGACGUCACCUCUGAAAAUGCCCUUCAUCAGCGUUGUUUUGCAUAAUCCGUUGGCGAACGUUGACAUUGUGAGCACCGCCCAACGGAGCAGUCGACCAAUCAUCGGCAGCCGUAACGCCUCCUCUCGUUACUGUCGUGUGGCGAUUAGCGGUGUAAAUAUGAUGAUGGCCGAUUCGCAACCGGCUCGUUUCUCCAUCGAGGAUCUGCUGCGAUCACGACACACUAUUUUGGCCAACGUGCUACCAAAGGAAGACGCGAAGAAAUUCGACGAGCAGCACCGUGUCGCACUACCCACGGCGCUUGCACCCGUUAGUGCUGCUGGUGUUCCAAACGCUGAACAAAUACCGUUUUGGCUCAGCUGCGCUGCGGCAUCAUUUCCACUUGAACAGAGUAUCCUGAUGGCUCAGAGGACAGUUCUUCCUCAGCUAUGGGCUGCAGCCGCUUCGUCAGAUGCACUACGAAUUGCUGCCACCAGCAAAUCGUACAGAAGUUGUAGACGAAAGGCUCGAACGGUGUUUUCUGAUCAGCAACUGCAAGGGCUCGAGAAGCGCUUCGAAACGCAACGAUACCUCAGCACUCCAGAGCGGAUUGAGCUAGCGAAUGCCUUGAACCUCAGCGAGACACAGGUGAAAACGUGGUUCCAAAAUCGUCGCAUGAAGCACAAGAAAGUAGUACGGAAGGACCACAACGGAGUCGACGUACAGGAAGAAGAGGAGACCGACUGGGCCGACGUCGUCAUCUAG